AUGAAUAAAACACUUAUGGAUUUAUUGAUUAUUUUAUACGAUGUAAUUGAUGAGGUAAAACAUGAGAGACUUCAACGACGACUUGAACAUUUUGUUAAGGCUGUGGAAGAUUUAAUGAGACUUGUUAUUAUCAUUAAAUCAUUAAUAAUGAAUGUAUGUAAUAAAAAAUUAGAAAAAUUGGAAAAUCAAAAGAAGGAUUUAUCAUGUAAAUUAUAUGUAACUUUUUGA